AGUUUGCUGUACCAACUUCCUUUCUUGCCAACUCCCUUAAGAAUUUCAUUGGAUUCCGUUCGAUUUGCUUUCACCUUUCUAUCUCUGUCGGCCAGAGUAUUUGCCCUUCUUUCCCCUUCCGCUCAAGCUCACUUAACUGCAUGCAAUUUGCCUGGCCAACGUUUAUGUCGGUUUCCAUAUUGGUUUUUACAUUAUAAUACAGAUUUCACGUUAGCUGCUAACUUCUAUUUUUCUGCACCCAUUUACCUCCUAUAGCUCGUGCCCUCUUAUCCCCUUGCCCCCUUACGCCGACCCCUUGGAUGUCUUUCAAUGUUUCAGUAGCAGUUUUCGAAAUAAACACUGCCAAAAGUGCUUCAUGUUUGUUUCGAGUUGGCAUUGUUGUGAUUUCUUGUUGUUAUUUGUUUGUGUGUGGGUGUAGCUAUGUGUGUGUGUGAGUAGCUAUGUGUGUGUGCGUAUUUGUGGGCCAGUGUCAGUUUGUGGGCGUUGCUUACCAAAAGGGCAAACGUAGUUGCUCAAUUUUACUGACAAAUAGACAGCCCAAGUGUUCAAGUAUUUUUGUAGUUAGUCUUAGAUACCCUGUACUUGUUGAGAUUUGAUUGAAUUAGUAUUUUAUAAUGAGGCAUAUGAUAUGUUGAGAGUGCUUAAGCAGAUCUCUGCCAAGUUCAUUUGAAAAGCCUAAAGAUUUUCUGUGCAAAUAGUUAUAGGGUAUCUUUCGGUAUUCCGUACUUUUUACUCAUAUACCAUUUUAGUACCGCAUUUGAAUAUGAUAAUUGCGUAUGUCAAUUUUUGGCAGGCUGAUUAUAUUGAGUAGUUCAGCAUAGGCCAAAGCUGACAACUUAAUUGUGGCCCCUCGAAUUGAAUUCAAAUUAAAAUUUGAAAUUGAAUUGAAAUUGAAAUUGAAGCGCUUUUAUGCAAUGUCAAGUCAAAAGUCUUUAUUCACCUACCUAAUAUCAUAUGUCUGGCUGUAAUAAUUUGAAUUGCGGCUAAGCCAUUACUAUUGCCAAUAUCAUAAUGACAACGAUGAUGACUGUAAUGAUGAUGAUUGUGAUGAUGAUGUUGGUAUUUAUGUUGGUAUUUUUGGAGGCAAUUUUCUUGGCUUUAUUGAAGUUGUUUUAGCUGCACUUUUUGUUAUAUGUUUAUGGAUAUAUAGCAGGAGGUUAGAUAUUGCAUUGCCUUGCACAUCGUGGGUGUGUGUCACGCUCCAUCAGCCGCCACAUUUGGAGGCAUUUGUGUUUUAGAGUUUUAUAUUUGGUCUUUUUUUUUUUUUUAUAUUGUGCACCUGGCUUCAGUUCAGUUGCAGUGGCUCCGAUCGGGCGCCCGUAAAUUGCUGAGACCUUAUAUAGCCAGGCUAUUGAUUGCCAAGCUACAGUCAAAUGACUAAGCAAACGAGUUUUUUCACCAUUCCACUAUGGGCAAAAAUACCGAUAGUGAGGCAUAAACCUAAUUUUUUUUUUAUCUCGAAUCCGCAAUUUUUUUUUUUUAUCUCAUUAAGGAUAUUCCAAUAGACAUAAAAACAAUUUUUAUAAAAUUUUGGGGACUUCCCCUAAUGUUUUAAGCUUCGUCAAAGUCAGCUGAUUCAGGGUUGCAUGGUGAAUGGCAAAAAGUGCGCCAAAUUAUUCUCAGCUGUCGACGUAAAAAAACUAUUGCAAUUAAAAUUUACAAACCAAUUUAACUAUGGAAAAUCUUCUUAAAGUUGUAUUUUCAGCCGUAACCUUAAAAAUAUUUGUGUGUUUCGUGGAAGAUAACUUAUAAUGUUAGAGUUUGUUGUUCAAUGUUUAAGUAGCAAGGUAUUCAGUAAACAUUCCUUAAUCAAAUGCUAUAAAGGGUUUUUGCUCCUUUUUGCUCCAUUUGGCGAAAUAUCGUAUGUUGCAGAUACAUACGAGAUUAGCAAUUCAAUGUUGCUAGAAGUUUGGAGCAGCAACAAUAGGCAAGAAAGCGCUGUCAGAAACUACAUUUUGGAAAAUUUAAACAGCGAAUAUAUAUCUGAAGUGCAACUUGACAUUAUUAAAGAGAAAGUCCAUAAUUUGACGUCGUAUAUGAAAUAUAAUUUGAAAAAAUGUAAUCGAAAUAUGAAUCGAUUUAAACAAAAACAUUCUCUUUGGCUAGCUUCUAGUGCUAAGUUUAAAAUACACCGUCAUGACAACAAUAAUAAUAUGGGAGGUCGGAAGAGCUUAAACUAUAAUGAAGCGGGAUCCCGAUUAAGGAGGAAAUUAGCUUCUGAGCUUGCCGAAGAGAGUAAAAACGCAACACCCCUUUUGGUACAUGCUGCUUUGAUUUCAUCAAAAAAAUCAAAAGAAACCGAAAAAACUUAUCUGUUACAAAAAGCUAUGAGCAAUGAGAAUGUGUGGGAAGCAGAAAAUAAGCAAUCAUCCAUUGCAGUAGUACCUAUAACUGCUGAGGCGGCAUUAGCAUUUUUAAUGGAAAAUGGGUUGUCCAAACAACAAUAUAUCAACAUAAAAACAUUAAAUAAAAUGCAUGGAUGUGACAUUUAUCCUCCCUAUUCAGAGCUUAGCGAACUUAAAUUGAAAUGUAGACCAAAAGAAAUCUCCUAUUCUGAAACCAAAGUGGAAGUUUCAUUACAAAAUUUGUUAGAUCAUACAGUUGAUCGGAUUCUUUCCAUGCAGCAAGAAGUACUAGAAAUUUUUGGCCCAACUCAUUGCUCAUUAAUUUUGAGCUACGGCUUUGAUGGCUCAACAGGACAGAGUAUAUAUAAACAGAGAUAUAUAAACAGAGAUAAUAUUGAUGGCAUAGACCAAUCAUUGUUUGUGACGACUAUAAUUCCUUUGAAAUUAAUAGAUACUAGAAAUAAUAUCAUAUCCUAUGUUUUGCUUUCAGAUUUGCGAAUCGCGAAUAUAUAUGUAGUAAAUUAUUUAUUUACUUAUUUUUGAAUUUAUUUAUAGUGUUUAUUAACUUAAAAUAUAUAAUAUUUAUGAAAUUGCUUGCAAUCGUUUCGAUAUUCAUCGGUAAAUUAAUCACAUGUAUGGGGACAAGGGGAGGGCGUGGCUCAAACUUAAAAAAAAAAAAAAACCGAAAUUUUGUAUUAAUAUUAGCAACGUAUGUGCAAAAUUUCAAGGCUCUAUCUUUAAAGUUGCAGUUAAUGCCUCACUAUCGGUAUUUUUGCCCAUAGUGCAUUCGAAAUACAAUAAUGCAUCGAAGUGAACAAUAGAACUUGUCUAACGUUUGGGGAAACACUGAAACGCUGAAACUUUGAUUGAUGUUAAUUGAACAAUAUGGCUUAGAAUUUUUAAAGGAUUUAUAUGUACGGCAGAGUAAAACGAACAAAGAGAUAAAUAUGAAAAAUAUUUAUGGAAAUUGCUCUGAAAAAUGUUAAGGUUAUGAAAAAAUACACAUUGUAUAGCAGAAAUUGAUUUUGAACGGAAAAGUCAGAUUGCAGAGUUUAUUUGCUAUAUAAUUGGAUUAAAAGCUACUUUUAAAAUAUUUAAAAUAGUUAUAAAUACUUUAGUAUAUCUAGUGUAGAAGAAAAAAGAAAUAAAUAAUAACAAAAAAAAAAAAAAAAAAAAA